UGGGAUCCAGCGGGAGCAGCUCCCUCCCACCCAGCAGCAGCAGCAGCAGCAGCAGCACAGAGAAUAAAACACCUUAUUUAACCACCACGUUCACACAGAUAUGAAGCUCACCGAGUGGUUGAGAUAUAAGUGGAGGAUUUUAGACUGAGUGUUUGGGUUAGCUGAGUUUAAGGGCAGGGAUAAGCGGUGAUCUGCAGCUGCUGGUGAGGUUAACUCAGGCUACAGCAUCAGGAUGAGGGCAGCCUCCCUCCCUCCCUCCAUCACUCCUCAGCAUCCCUCUCUCUCUGCUGCUGCUGCUGCUGCUGCUUCCCCGCAUUAGCUCCGGGCUAAACUGGGACUGAACUCCAUCCCUCACCCCGACACUUGUCUGUCGUCUCUGUACAGUACAUGAAAAAUGCCCAGUGUGACAGUGAAGGAUGUCAACCAGCAGGAGUUCGUCAGGGCUCUGUCAGCCUUCCUCAAGAAGUUUAAUGCAUCCACAGCCCGUCACCUGUACCUGCGAGGAGGGGUGGGCGUGGGCUCCAUGAUCAAGAUCUAUGGAGGGCGUCAUAGGAACGGCGUGUGCCCCGCCCACUUUAGCGUGGGCUCCAGGAACGUGGCGAGGAAGGUCCUCCAGGCCCUGGAGAGCCUCAAGAUGGUGGAGAAGGACCCCAGUGGUGGACGGAGACUUACCCCUCAGGGACAGAGAGAUCUGGACAGGAUCGCAGGGCAGGUCGCCUCAGCAAACAAGAAACAGCAAAGUUUACAAAGCGGCGUCUGAGGAAUGCAUGCCAAGAAUCCAGAGCAGUGAAAUGCAGUUUUGCCUAUUUACUCAAGUGUGCUUGUUUCCCUCAUCACUGCUGUGCCACAUUAACCGAGUACAAAAGGCAUCUCAUAGGCAUGCAUGUGUCUGUAGUGCAGUAAGUACAAACUAAAGAUAUUAUACAUGUAAGUUAAAUUUUUUUUCAGUUCGAAAUUCAUCAUGAAUUUCAGGACAGCGGUGGCCUCGUGACCGAGAACAGAACGAACACAGCUGAGCAUUUUAAUGUUGUCUUUGCAACAACUGUUAAACUCAAGAAACAACAAAACAAAUUGUGCUAACAUAUAUUUUUAUUUAUUUAUCCUCCACCAUGACUGUAGGUUACAGAAUAUUAGGCCUACUCGUUUUGUUCAUGAGAUGUAAAUGAAUGAUAACAAUGCUUAAGGUGUUCUAAAUAAACAG